AUGGUUGGAAGCAAACGCCUUAGGAGCAAAACCACCGCGACUGCGCACUCCGGAAUGGCCGAAGCCUCGCUGCCACCACGAGGUACAGCUGCUGCCAGCAAUUUGCAGCAACCUCCCAUCGCUGCCAGCACGUUCCAGCAGCUUCCCGGCGAGAUCCAGCAACAUCCCAUGGCUGCCAGCGCGUUCCAGCAGCUCCCAGGAGACUUGCAGCAGCCUCCCAUAGCUGCCAGUGCGUUCCAGCAGCGCCCCGGCCAGUUUCAGCAGCCUCCCAUGGCUGCCAGCGCAUUCCAGAAGCUUCCCAGGGAGUUCCAGCAGCCUCCCAUGGCUGCCAGAUCGUUCCAGCAGCGCCCCGGCCAGUUUCAGCAGCCUCCCAUGGCUGCCAGCGCAUUCCAACAGCUUCCCGAAGAUUUCCAGCAGCCUCCCAUGGCUGCCAGCACGUUCCAGCAGCUUCCCGGAGGGUUCCAGCAGCCCCUCGUGGCUGCCCAUGCUGUCCAGCCACCUCCGGCAGCUACGCAACCUCUCCAAACAAAUGCUAUAGCAAUCGGAACACAGCAGCAGCUGUGCCAUGUGGCUGCGGAAAUUGCAGCGCAGCCACGCAGCCCCGUGGCCUCCUCCGUCAUGCAACCCCAAGGCCUAGGUGCCGGUGCCGCCACCCAUGAUAGUGCCGCCAUUCGUGACCACCUCAAUGCCAUCUCGGGCCAUUCCCUAGUCUUGGAGCAAAUCCAUUCACUCCCUCCUUUGCAACCACACUUGAUGUAUGCACCCGUGUACACAUCUAAUGGAACCCUAGCCCAUCUGCCAUUGGGCCCGAUCCACACCUUUGUUCCCGACCCGCGUAGUCAAGGCAACCAAGGAGGUCAACUUCUUCAAGUCGACGAGGAAGUCAAUCAUCCCCGCCUGAAUCAUGAGGGUCGCCAACGGAGGUGGACCAAGCAAACUAUACACACUACCAAAAUCGAGCAGACUGCUCGCUCAAAGAGAUUCUCAAUGCCUUCAUUCACGCAUUUCAAAGGAAAUUCCGAUCCCGAGAGCCAUCUAAAGCACUUCAAAAGUAUCAUGAUCUUCUACAAGGCUAACGAUGCGCUGAUGUGCAAGGUCGAUCAGCAGCUUCAAGGAGCUAGCUUAUGUCUUCACCAAAAAAUACACUUCUUACUAGACGAUCAAGAAAAACUCGGACCACCUAUUCAGCCUGCACAGAAGCACGAUGAAUCCCUCCGAGAUUACAUCAAGAAGUUCAAAGCAGAAAUGGCAAACAUCAUUAGAUGUGAUGAUCGAAUUGCUUCAUUAGCCUUCAAGAGGGGCUUGCCAAUUGAGUGUCAGCUAUACCGCGAGCUAACCAUCUCUCCCUGCCAAACACUAGUAGAAUUCUUCGCGACAGCAGAGCGCUAUGCACUUUGGGACAAUGAUCGAACCGUCGCAAAGAAAGCUGCCAAGCAAGUCGAUCAACCGGUUGAGCAGGCAAACCAAAGAAACGACAUGAUAAAAGACAAGGAUGGAGGCAAGCGCGGAUUACAACCUCAGGGAGGUGCUCCAACAGCUGAGAGCUACACCAAGUUCACUAUUCCGAUACAGCAAAUCCUAGCCCAAGUAAAGAACAUGCCUUGGUUGAACAAAACCAUCGCCUUUGAAGGGAAACCCAGCCAAGAAGGAUACCAAUAG